AUGUGGGAAGGGUUGCUUAUGCUGCUCGCUCUGAGCACCGUCAUGGGCGUUGCUUCUUUCCUCGCUGGCAGCCUUCCACUCUCCUUUAACCUGUCGACUCGUCGACUACGCAUUAUCACACUCCUUGGAACCGGUGUGCUUGUCGGUACAUCGCUGAUCGUCAUUAUACCCGAAGGUAUCGAGACAAUGUAUAGCGCAGGAGGCAAGGCGCAUACGCACAGCGCACGGAGCGUUGCCCAGCCGUCUAUGCCGUCGCUGGAAAGAGCACUGCCACUCGCGCCCAGGUUUCCGGCAUGGAAAAGAGCAGAUCAAGCGAAAAAGGCGUCGCUCAUCGGUGGUACGAGCACCGCGGAUCUAAGCAGCGAUAAGACGGCAAUUGACGCGCAACUGAGGAAGAUGAAGGAAACGGCAGAAAAGGAGAAGCCAGUGGAAGAUGGACACCCCCAAAAGGGCGGCGACGACGACUCGACCGAAGGCCACAAGGAGGGACAUAGCCGUGUACACGCACCCGAGGACGACGAAGCAGCCCACAAGCACAUGGAGGCCGGCCACGAAGAUGGACCCAGCCCACACGCAUACAUUGGCGUUGCGUUGAUCCUAGGAUACAUACUCAUGUUCCUGGUUGAACACCUGCCAGAAGCCCUGGCGUCUAACCAACCAAAAUACCAACCAAUGCACAUCUCCCUCUCGAACCUAGCACGAGGGCCGCACAAUUCCUCGUCCCUCAGUCUCAACGGAAUGGGCGUGCAAAGUGCGGCGGUAACUCCUCUAGCUACACCAGGUCUACCCCCUCCGCCUACCAAGAAAACGCCAGCAGCCACCAUUGGCCUCGUAGUCCACGCCUGCGCUGAUGGCAUUGCUCUGGGCGCUUCAUCAACCGCCGAAUCUACAUCUCUCUCCCUAGUCAUCUUCUUCGCAAUCAUGCUUCACAAGGCCCCUGCAGCGUUUGGCCUCACCUCCGUCCUCCUCAAACAAGGUCUCUCGAAACGCAAAGCCCGAACUCAUCUUGCCUUCUUCAGCUUAGCAGCUCCAGCUGGCGCGAUAGCAACCUGGGCCAUUGUCCACAUGUUCGGCCGCAACCAUCUCGGCGGCGAUGAGGGCUUGACCUGGGCAACAGGCUGGGUCUUGUGUUUUUCUGGUGGAACCUUUUUAUACGUCGCUAUGCACUCCAUGUCUGAGGCUACAUCGCAGCACGGGAACGAGGACCCUACUACAAACGGAUACAUGGACGCUUAUCCAGGUGGCAAUAGUUUGUCCAAGGGCGACAUUGGCAUCGUCAUGCUGGGCAUGCUGCUCCCGCUCGUGACACAGAUAGGUCAUGCGCAUUCGCACGGCCAUUAG